AUGGAUAAAACAAACUUACUGGUUGGAGGACAUCACUGGAGUAGUCGCUGGACGUCAGUGAAGAUGGAGGAGGACGGUAUGACGUGUGGGUUCUUGUUUCAGCGAUUGAGGAAGAAGAGAAGCGUGAAAGCGAUGAGGAGGGGAGUGUAUGGGAAGGUUCAGAUCGAAGCUUCUUUAAGGGUUCUAAGAAAGGUGGGAGUUCGUCUACCUCACAACACUACUAUGCUCAGUGAUCUACUUUCAUUUCAGGAUCUUUUGUUGCGGGUACUUGACAAUGUUUUGGAAAAUCAAGUUGCUUGA